AUGAGUACCAAUAAUGAUAACAACACCGAACAAACCAAGACUGGUUCCACCGCCAAAUAUUAUGCCGGUGCUGCUGAAGAGAACCUUGGAAAAUUGGUCGGUAGCGAUAAAAUGAAAGUUGAAGGCGAAUCUAAAAAAUUAGAAGGCCAAAGUGAAUAUGAAGGAGCCAAAAAUCAAGGUUAUGUAGAAGGUACCACAGAUAAAGUCACUGGUACAGUCAAAGAAACAGCUGGCAACGUCGUCAACGACGAUAAAAUGAAGGCAGAAGGAAAUGUAAAAAAGAACAAGGGAGACACACAACAAUAUGGUGGUUCUGAGGUAGCAAAGAACUAUGAAGGAAAGAAAUCUACAAAAUGGCUCUUUGAAGCAGAUUUAAAAUUGCCAAAGGUUCUCAAAGACAUGCUUUUGCUAUUAAACAGUCAUAUUUCUGAUAUGAAAGAAAGAAGGAAACUCAUAACUGUUGGCUACAUCCAUGGGGGUCUUCAACUUAUGUUUAUGACUUUAGAUAAUCCUGCUGGGUAUGUUUUCUGUCUUGUAAAAAGUUCAUUAUACAGUAUUCCUGUUUCUUUCCAAAAUUUUACAGAAGCACUGGAGUUGAUUGCUUCUGUAUGGACAAUGAAGCAAAAGCCUGUGAAAUUUGGUGGCCCAAUGAUAAAAGGAGCUGAUCAAGAAAAUCAAAACACUAAUAUCUCAAAAAAAAGAUCUAUAUCAAAAAAUGAUACUCCGAUUUCAAACAAGAGAAUAAAUAUAAAUGAUUGA